CCCGUGUAUAAAAAGGAAAGGUUCUCGCUGGCCAUUCACAGUAUCCAAAGAAUAAUUGCUUGACAUACACGUUUCGCUGCAUCUUUACAGACCAGAAAACCUCAAUUCAUCAUGGCUCCAACAGCUCAAGUUGCUAAGAAAGGCUCCAAGAAGGCAGUCAAGGCCCCUCGGCCCAGCGGUGGCAAGAAGAGGAACAGGAAAAGGAAGGAGAGUUAUGGAAUCUACAUCUACAAAGUCCUCAAGCAGGUUCAUCCAGAUACCGGCAUCUCCAGUCGGGCCAUGGUCAUCAUGAACAGCUUCGUCAACGACAUCUUCGAGCGAAUUGCCGGCGAAUCUUCCCGCCUCGCUCAGUACAACAAAAAGUCAACCAUCAGCAGUCGCGAGAUUCAGACCGCCGUCCGCCUCAAUGAAGAAAAACAAAGGGGGAUGGGGUUGAAGCAAAGAAAAUGGAUAAAAAGAAAUUAAAAAGGGAAAUAAGAA